AUGGUCGGUUGCAGUGGCUUGACGAUGGCCGAGUUGGCCAGUGUCUAUCCAACGGCCGGAGGCCAGUAUCACUGGACUUCCAUUCUGACACCAGCUCAACCCUCUCGCGUCCUGAGCUACAUCUGCGGAAUAACCAACGUGUAUGCAUGGAUAUCUACGACUGCCGGCAUCGCUAUCAUCAUACCGCAGGUCAUCAUUGCCAUGGUGAUAUUCCACCAGCCGGACUACGUUCCACAGACGUGGCACUAUUUCGUCUUAUAUCAAGUAAUUAACUUGAUUGCCUGUGCCCACAACAUUUUCACAUUGAAGAAGACGAUGUGGGUUAAUGACGUCUCUUUUGUCAUUACUCUGACAGGCUUCUUCACUAUCAUCGUGACAUGUCUUGCCCGGGCGUCAAACAAGCAGAGCAGCGAGAUUGUUUGGACAAACUUCGUUAAUGAGAACGGCUGGACCGACGGGAUCGGCUUCCUUACUGGCAUGAUCUCUCCGAACUAUAUGUAUGCCGGGAUUGACGGUGCCAUUCACCUGGCCGAAGAGUGCAAGAAUCCGGGCAAAGUCGUACCCAGAGCAAUGAUAAGUACGCUAACCAUUGGAUUCAUCACGAGCUUUACCUUUGCCGUGGCCAUGACAUAUUGUAUUCAAGACUUCGAUGCCGUCGUGGGCACAGCUACUGGUGUCCCAAUCUACGAGAUCUGGUACCAAGCCACACGAUCUAGCGCAGCAGCAACAGUCUUUAUGGCCGUCCUCCUCACGGCGGCCGUCGUUGCUCUGAUUGCCGUGCAGCAGACCGCAUCUCGUCUGACAUGGUCUUUCGCGAGAGACAACGCACUCAUUGGCUCCAAAUGGAUCGGAAACAUCCAUUCAUCGCUAGGCGUCCCAGUCUGGGGACUGAUCGCAAAUAACGCUAUUGUCUUCAUCAUCGGUUGCAUAUUCCUGGGCUCGUCAACAGCAUUCAAUGCCUUCAUCGGGACGGGCCUCAUCUUGCAACAAGCUACAUACGCUAUCCCUGCUGCGUUGCUCAUGUAUCGAAAGAGAUCAACCCGCUUUUUGCCUUCAAAUCGACCAUUCAGACUCUUCAGUCCACUUGGCUGGAUGGUUAACUUCUUCACCGUCGCGUUUGCGAUUGUGGUGCUAAUAUUUUACGACUUCCCUGUCAUUCUACCAGUGAGCGGAUCUAACAUGAAUUAUACGUCAGCGGUGAUUGGCGUGAUGGCAAUUUUUGCUGUCAUCAACUGGGUAUUUCACGCACGGAAAUUGUAUCAUGGACCCAGACUGGCGGAAUUUUGA